GGGAUAUUGAAAAUAUCGAAUGACCGAUGGAAACUAGUGACAUAUUAUGAUUUCAGUAAUUACAUUACAAACGCUCAAACACUAACAAACAUCACAGUGGAAACUGAUAAAUUAUGUACUUUCAUCGACACAUUGGGUAGUCAUAGUAACAAGACCUAUAGUUCUUUCUGCACUGCUAUGAGUGCGAAACAAAAACUUACAAAAACUAACAUAGAUAUCCGAAGGGAAGCAUUAUUAGAUGUAGUAGGGUAUAAUCCCAGCUACAAACACUUUUCUAAACGCUCGAUUACUAAUACUAUAAAAAACAUAGCACACGUUCUAUUCGGAGUAUGUGACGCUCUAUGUUCAGAUACUAACUUAGGUCACAUACAGAAUAUACAUAACUCAGAAAAUCAACAAUUAGAUGUGCUAGAUAAACAAAUAAAAAUCAUUAAAUCUGGUAUGACAUCCUUACACACUUUAACUAAAAAUCUUAAUGAUAAUACUCAAGUAAUUUCUAAACAAUUGGAUAAAAUAAAUCAAAGUUUGACCAAUAUAGCGACACUUAAUGAAAUAGGCUUUGCCGUUACACAGCAGUUUCUAUUAUUAAACGCUUUAACGGACCAGUACGAUUCUGAUACAAACUUGUUGUCUGAUUUAAUACACGCCGCACAGGUAGGACAAAUACAUUCGAGUAUUAUAACACCCAGUGAACUUUUAGACACUCUAAAAGACAUAAAAGUACAUUUACCAAAAUCAACUGACUUACCUGUAGGUUUCACCACCGCCGAUGUUGGUGAGUUACUAAAGAUUUCUGAGACAACUAUAUUUUCAAAGGACCAAACUAUUGUAUUUGUAAUUGAUAUACCAAUUGUAAACCAAAUCGAACUAAACUUAUACAAUUUAAUACCUUUACCCAAACAUGUUACUAAUGAUAAAUAUAUUUACAUUGAUUCUAAUUAUGACUAUAUUGCUGUUAGCAAAAGUAAAGACUAUUAUACAACUUUUAACAACCUACAAAUAUUACAAUGUAAACGUACUAAAAACUUUAUCCUAUGCCCGCAAUACCAACCGUUACACCCUAAAUCUAUGAAACCUAUUUGUGAAAUUGAAUUGUUUUUUCAACCACCUAAAUUACCUUUGGAUUGUAAAAUAAAAUAUUUUGAAUUAGACACUAGUAUUUUUCACAAAUUACUUUUUAAAAAUUCUUGGUUAUAUAUUACCAGGGAAGAAAAUAUUUUAUUAACUUGUAAUGAAAAUAUAGAAACCAGUAACACCCGUAUCCAUGGGGUAGGAUUAAUACAUAUACCCAUUAAUUGUAAAGCAUAUUCCAAUCAGGAUGUGCUGAUUCCAAAUAUAAUUAAUGAGAAUAUUGAUUACAUUGAUUUUGUACCACAGAUUAACAUUACUAAUACUAGUUAUACGGAUAAGUUAAAUAUUUUAAAUGUAAACAAAUUAUUGACAGACCAUGUAUUAACUAACAAACUUAAUGAUGUGAAACGUAUAUCUGAAUCAUUAUUAAAUGUACCUGAUAAACUUAAUCAGAAAGAUUUUCAAUACAAUGUAAUAACUAAUACUAGAAGACAUGACAUGUUGUUAUACACCAUUUGUACAAUAAUUAUACUUUAUUGUCUGUAUUUUGUUUCAACCCUUGUGACAAAACUUUUCCCAUGUAAUAACAGAAUAUACAAUUUUUGCUCUGAGUCUGUUACUAGGCCAACCAAUACUGACGGAGUUGGACAACCGCUUUCUACAACGGACCCUACCAAUUUUGAAGAUGUUGAACUUCAACCAAGAGUGACAGCUCAUCAUAUCGCAACCAGGAACGUUUUACACUAUCCACCACUAUACUAAAGAGGACAUCCGACGAAAUAUGCCUCUUUACUUAAGGAGGGGCGUGUGACGCAAAGAGCCUUCACGUCCAUUCUACUACUAUAACCAUACGGCGAUGACAAUCCCUAUAUGGUCAUUCAUCUAAAAUAACUCCUUAUUUAGACUUAAGUACUAUUAUACUUUACAUCUCUGCGUUCUGCAUAUGACGACAUCCAGGAGUCCAACUAUCACCGUCCAGGGCCGACCGACCACUAUAAGUAACCACAGAGAACAGGGCUAAUUGGUCAGAUGUCGUCCAGCGCUCAACAGCUCUACGAUCUGUUUACGAGACCUAUUGUCCAUACUUAACUGUUUUACAUUGUGUUGUUAAUCGUUUCUUAUUUUAACAUACGUAUUAAAAGUUAUUACUAACUUUGUUUGUUAAAAUUCUGUUCUGCCUACCCUCUUCCAUCCUCACACGGCCUCCAGGCAUA